UCGCUUUUAUUCAAGUCGUGAAAAUCAGUGUGAGAAAUGGCGGAGGACAGCGGCAACAAGAAAAUCACGAUUAACGUGAAAACUCCGAAGGAUAAGAAAUCCAUCGAGAUAGCAGAGGAUGCCGAAAUCAAAGAGCUUCGGGCCACUGUUGCGGAGAGGUUCGAAUCGGAUCCGGAUUUAGUAUGUCUGAUUUUCGCCGGAAAGAUUAUGAAGGAUACGGAUACGUUGAAGACCCACAACAUCAAAGAUGGUCUUACGGUGCAUUUAGUCAUAAAAGCUGCGCCGAAAAACGAACCGGAAGGUCCGAGUCGUCCGCCGGCUGAUGUAAGCCAAACUCCGUUCGGUUUGAACCAAUUGGGAGGAUUAAGCGCCCUGGGAGCACUUGGUGGAAAUCAGACCAAUUUCAUGGAUCUACAAUCGCGCAUGCAGCAUGAGUUGUUGGGCAAUCCGGAAUUGAUGCGCACUGUUCUGGAUAAUCCACUAGUGCAGCAGAUGAUGAAUAAUCCGGACACGAUGCGCCAGAUUAUUACUUCUAACCCACAGAUGCAAGAUCUGAUGCAGAGAAAUCCGGAAAUUUCCCAUAUGUUGAACAAUCCGGAACUGCUGCGCCAGACUAUGGAAUUGGCUCGCAAUCCAUCGAUGUUGCAGGAACUGAUGAGAUCACAUGAUCGUGCCAUGUCCAAUCUGGAGAGCGUUCCGGGAGGAUACAGCGCAUUGCAACGAAUCUAUCGGGAUAUCCAAGAACCAAUGUUGAAUGCAACCGCUAGGAAUCCUUUCUCCGGAACAUCGGAUUCGGGAAGUGCUGAAAAUCCCCAGCAGGGAUCGGAGAACCGUAGCCCUUUGCCAAAUCCCUGGGGCGGUAACCAAAGCGAUAACAAUCGAUCAUCCACAGACAACCCACCGCAGAACGUCUUGAAUACGCCUAGCAUGCAAAGUUUACUGCAGCAAAUAGGCGAUAAUCCGUCUUUGAUGUCCAACAUGAUGAGUGCGCCUUACACGCGCAAUAUGCUGGAAGCAUUGUCUGCGGAUCCGAACAUGGCUGCUAAUUUGAUGAGUCAAAACCCACUCUUGGCUAACAACCCGGCAAUGCAGGAACAAAUGCGCACGAUGAUGCCGCAGUUUCUGCAACAGUUACAAAAUCCGGAAAUGCAACAGAUGAUGUCUAAUCCGCAAGCGAUUGAGGCGAUUCUGCAGAUCCAGCAAGGUAUGGAACAACUUCGUACGGUCGCCCCGGGCUUGGUCAACACGAUGGGAAUUCCUCCGCCGCCUCCGGGUGCUGCGACAACUUCUGCUGGCUCUGGAACUACUACAACGACCAACACCAAUACACCGGCUCAGUCGAAUCCAGCGUUGUUUUCCGAUUUCAUGUCACGCAUGGUCAACGGAAUGGCCACUGGAUCGAACACAAAUAUUCCUCCGGAGGAACGCUACCGAUCGCAGUUGGAGCAGCUGGCCUCUAUGGGAUUCGUCAACCGUGAAGCCAAUUUGCAAGCUUUGAUUGCAUCCUUUGGCGACAUCAACGGAGCUGUCGAAAGGCUUUUAGCCCUAGGACAGCUUUCAUUGAGUUAACGCGUUUGAGAUGGAUGGUUCAUGACGCGGAAUAACAACCAUAUAUUUGUAAUACUUUCCUACUUUGGCUAGAUGAUAAAAAAAGAAAAGCAAGAAUCAUUGUAAAAUUAGGUAACCUCCGUAUGAUAAAAAAAAAUAAUAAAAUGUAAAGUCUCCAAAUUCUAUACUCUAGAUAACUUUCUAGGUGGAACCGUCUUCUUGCAAAGAACAAAGAACGAUAAUAGUUGGGCCAGUUUUCAGUAUUGCACCGUCGUGCGUGGCCUCAGUGUUCUCGGAAGUCAUUGAGCAUUUGUCGAAAGUACUGUUCCACAGUUUGUUUGUAACUUCGUAUAAGUAGAUUGUGCAGCGUGUGUGGAGGUGACGCCUGAAAAAAAAGAGCAAAAAUGGUCUGAAGUAGAUGCAAAGCAUAGGAUUCUUAUUCAACUCUAAUACAUUACCUAAUACAUAUACAUGUUGACGUAUGAUCAGAUCAAUGCGACUACGAUGCAUUGUGGCAAAGCAAAAAUAAAUAGAAAUAAAGUAGACGGAAAAUAAAGUGAACUAUACUUUAGUAGUCAGUUACAAACAGCAUAACAAAGACACACACUAGAUAUCAGGCUUAGCUUCGAUGAUGAUCGAUAGUCUACGAUCGGAAAGCAUUAGAUUACUGUGGCGUUUAUGAUAAAAAAAGGAAAAUUUAUCUUUACAGUUUUCUGCGAACAGGUUUACCCAUUCAAGACAGGAUAUAUAAUAAAGGUGGUAUAAAGCUAAAGAA